AUGGCUGAUAGCAUCCCGUUGAAUCCAGUGCGGAAGAAUUCGAAGAAAACCCCUUAUUAUAAUGCUGGCAGAUAUUCUAGGUACCAGGUUGAAGACGAAGCUUCCAGCCUUGACGAGAUGCCACUGAUGAUGUCUGAGGAAGGAUUUGAGAAUGAAGAGAGUGACUACCACACUCUGCCACGGGCCAGAGUCAACCAUAGACACAGAGGCCUGGGCUGGUUCCUGUGUGGGGGUUGGAAAGUCCUGUGUGGAAGCUGCUGCGAGUGUCUGGCCCACGUGUGUCGUAGGAAGAAAGAGCUGAAAGCUCGCACUGUGUGGCUUGGCUACCCAGAGAAAUGCGAGGAGAAGUACCCCAAGAACAGCAUCAAAAACCAGAAAUACAACAUCCUGACCUUUGUGCCUGGGGUGCUCUACCAACAGUUCAAGUUUUUCCUCAACUUGUAUUUUCUGGUAGUAGCUUGCUCACAGUUCGUUCCAUCUCUGAAAAUUGGGUAUCUUUACACCUAUUGGGCUCCACUGGGCUUUGUACUGGCUGUCACCAUGGUGAGAGAGGCCGUGGAUGAGGUUCGGCGCUAUCAAAGAGACAAAGAAAUGAAUUCCCAGCUCUACAGCAAGCUCACAGUGCGAGGUAAAGUUCAGGUGAAGAGCUCUGACAUCCAAGUAGGAGAUCUCAUCAUUGUCGAAAAGAACCAAAGGAUUCCAGCUGAUAUGAUAUUCCUGCGGACCUCUGAGAAGACUGGGGCUUGUUUUAUCAGAACAGAUCAGUUGGAUGGAGAGACAGACUGGAAAUUAAAAGUCGCUGUGGCCUGCACUCAGAGACUGUCUGCAUUGGGGGACUUGUUCUCCAUCAGUGCAUAUGUCUAUGCUCAGAAACCUCAGCUGGACAUUCACAGUUUUGAAGGAAACUUCACAAGGGAAGACUCUGACCCGCCCAUCCAUGAGAGUUUAAGCAUUGAAAACACCCUCUGGGCAAGCACAGUGGUGGCAUCUGGCACAGUUAUAGGUGUGGUGAUCUACACUGGAAAGGAAACAAGAAGUGUGCUGAACACAUCUCAUGCAAAAAAUAAGGUGGGUCUGCUUGACCUGGAGCUUAAUCGUCUCACCAAAGCCUUGUUCCUGGCCCAGGUGGUCCUGUCUGUUGUAAUGGUAGCUCUUCAGGGCUUCCUUGGCCCCUGGUACCGCAAUCUCUUCCGCUUCGUUGUUCUGUUCUCUUACAUCAUCCCUAUCAGCCUGCGUGUGAAUCUGGACAUGGGUAAAUCAGCCUAUGGCUGGAUGAUCAUGAGGGAUGAGAACAUUCCGGGCACUGUAGUGAGAACCAGCACCAUACCAGAAGAACUAGGUCGGCUGGUCUACCUGCUGACAGACAAAACAGGCACUCUGACUCAGAAUGAGAUGAUUUUCAAACGACUGCAUCUUGGGACUGUAUCCUAUGGGACAGACACAAUGGACGAGAUCCAGAGCCACAUCAUACAGUCAUACGCUCAGGUGAGUUCUGCCCAGUCCAAUGGGAGCAGCACCAGUUCCACGCCGUCUCGUAAACCUCAGCCCGCUGCACCAAAAGUCCGAAAGAGCGUCAGUAGCCGAAUCCAUGAGGCGGUGAAGGCCAUCGCUCUGUGUCACAAUGUCACACCCGUGUACGAGUCUCGCACUGGGGUCAACGGGGAGACGGAGUACACUGAGGCGGAUCAGGACUUCAGCGAUGAUAACCGUACCUACCAGGCCUCCAGCCCCGAUGAGGUGGCUCUGGUGCGCUGGACAGAGAGUGUGGGCUUGACCCUGGUUAACAGAGACCUGACUUCACUGCAGUUAAAGACACCAGCAGGACAAAUCCUCACCUUCUACAUCCUCCAGAUCUUCCCCUUCACCUCAGAGAGCAAGAGAAUGGGCAUCAUUGUCAGGGAGGAAUCCACAGGUGAAAUCACAUUCUACAUGAAAGGCGCUGACGUUGCCAUGGCAAGCAUUGUUCAGUACAACGACUGGCUGGAAGAAGAGUGUGGGAACAUGGCUAGGGAGGGCCUUCGCACAUUAGUGGUCGCAAAGAAGGCUCUGUCAGAAGAACAGUAUCAAGAUUUUGAGAGCCGUUAUAACCAGGCCAAGCUGAGCAUUCAUGACCGAGCGCUGAAGGUGGCAGCUGUGGUGGAGAGCCUGGAGAGGGAGAUGGAGCUGCUGUGUCUGACGGGUGUGGAGGACCAGCUGCAGGCAGACGUGCGGCCCACCCUGGAGCUCCUCAGGAACGCCGGCAUCAAGAUUUGGAUGUUGACGGGAGAUAAGCUGGAGACGGCUACCUGUAUCGCAAAAAGCUCUCACCUGGUGUCAAGAAAUCAGGAAAUUCAUGUCUUCAGACCUGUGUCUAACAGAGGAGAAGCCCAUCUGGAGUUGAAUGCUUUCAGGAGGAAGCAUGACUGUGCUCUGGUCAUCUCAGGAGACUCACUAGAGGUGUGCCUGCGGUACUAUGAACAUGAGUUUGUGGAGCUUGCGUGUCAGUGCCCCGCUGUUGUGUGCUGUCGCUGCUCUCCGACCCAAAAGGCCCAGAUUGUCCGACUGCUCCAGCAACACACAGCCAACAGAACCUGUGCCAUUGGUGAUGGAGGAAAUGAUGUCAGUAUGAUACAGGCUGCAGACUGUGGAAUUGGCAUAGAGGGAAAGGAGGGGAAACAAGCGUCUCUGGCUGCAGACUUCUCCAUCACUCAGUUUAAACACAUUGGCAGACUGCUCAUGGUGCAUGGCCGAAACAGCUACAAACGCUCGGCUGCCCUGGGACAGUUUGUCAUGCACAGGGGAAUGAUCAUCUCCACCAUGCAGGCUGUGUUUUCUUCAAUUUUCUACUUUGCUUCUGUACCUUUGUAUCAAGGCUUCCUCAUGGUGGGCUACGCCACUAUCUACACCAUGUUCCCAGUCUUCUCCCUGGUCCUGGAUCAGGACGUGAAGCCGGACAUGGCCCUUCUCUACCCUGAGCUCUAUAAAGAUCUCACAAAGGGUCGUUCCUUGUCUUUCAAGACCUUCCUAAUUUGGGUCUUGAUUAGUGUGUAUCAAGGGGGCAUCCUGAUGUAUGGAGCUCUGCUCCUGUUUGAGUCUGAAUUUGUACACGUGGUGGCCAUAUCUUUCACAGCGCUCAUCCUGACAGAGCUGCUCAUGGUGGCGCUGACGGUGCGAACGUGGCACUGGCUCAUGGCGGUGGCCGAGUUCUUCAGUCUGGGCUGUUACCUCGCCUCCCUCGCGUUCCUCAACGAAUACUAUGGCAUAGGGCGAGUAUCCUUGGGAGCUUUUUUGGAUCUGGCUUUUAUCACAACCCAUGCCUUCCUGUGGAAGGUGUGCGCCAUCACAGUGGUCAGCUGUCUUCCACUUUACAUCAUCAAAUACCUGAAACGCAAGUUUUCACCGCCCAGCUACUCCAAGCUCUCCUCCUGAACAGUUUUCUUUUUUUUUUUUUCCUUUUUUGGUUUUCUAAUGUGUGCAACAACGAAAGCAUACACACAAAGCGUUCAUUAAGCACAUAUGGACUCUAUAAACAUCUCCGUGAGGGUUUUUAUAAAGCAAAUGAAAUAAGCUGUGUGGUUGCAGCUCAUAUUUUUUAAAUGUCAGACUAUCUGUCAUAGAUUGGUAAUGAUAUUUGUUAAUGAGGGCU